GGGUUACUGGCCUACUGAGUGUUACGCCUGUGUGGCGUUCUGGUUUCACGCAAUCCAGACUCAGGUCACAGGACUCACUGACUGUAGGAGAGUGUUAGUGCCGAAUGUUGUUUGCAAUAAAACUCUUGUCAAUAUCUGCGGCCCAAAUGCUCAGGCCAGCGGUUCAGAUCUGUGACGUAACCACCCAUUUGGCCACAUCGGACCAAGCGUCUUGCUCUCAUUUUCCGGUCCUAAAGCCCAAAGAAAACCAAACCUCAAAGUUCACUGCUCCAGUCUCAACUCUCACUCGGUCUAGGAGAGUAAAAAACACGAAAAAAGGAAAAGAAGGAAAGGUGUUUGGCCUUAAGCUCAUGGCUACGCUGCACCUCACAAGCCCUACUCAGUUGGCUUCAUCUUCUUCGAUUUCUGUUGGGUUCCUUCAGAAGAAGCUCUUCAACAAUGGUUUUCACAUUGGAUUCUCUCCAAGAGCUCGUCGAAGGAGGUCAUGGAGCCCAAGCGAUUUUGGCGUCUGCUGCUCUUCUGCAUUUUCUUCCAUGGAUUCGGCCAAGAUUAAGGUAGUGGGUGUUGGUGGAGGGGGAAACAAUGCUGUUAAUCGGAUGAUUGGAAGCGGAUUACAGGGUGUUGAAUUUUAUGCCAUAAACACCGAUGCUCAGGCAUUAUUGCAGUCUGCUGCCAAGAAUCCACUUCAAAUUGGGGAGCUUUUGACUCGUGGACUAGGUACUGGUGGGAAUCCACUUCUUGGGGAGCAGGCUGCAGAGGAAUCAAAAGAGACCAUUGCUAGUGCUCUCAAGGGAUCAGAUCUUGUUUUUAUCACAGCAGGGAUGGGUGGGGGAACAGGUUCUGGUGCUGCUCCAGUUGUUGCUCAGAUAUCAAAGGAAGCAGGUUAUCUAACUGUUGGUGUAGUUACCUACCCUUUCAGCUUUGAAGGGCGUAAACGAUCUCUUCAGGCACUGGAGGCUAUUGAGAAAUUACAAAGAAAUGUCGAUACUCUUAUUGUGAUCCCAAAUGACCGUUUGUUGGAUAUUGCUGAUGAACAGACACCUCUCCAGGAUGCUUUUCUCCUAGCAGAUGAUGUUUUGCGCCAAGGAGUCCAAGGAAUUUCCGACAUCAUCACUAUACCUGGACUGGUAAAUGUGGAUUUUGCAGAUGUGAAGGCAGUCAUGAAAGACUCUGGAACUGCAAUGCUUGGAGUAGGCGUUUCCUCCAGCAAGAACCGUGCAGAAGAAGCAGCUGAACAAGCAACUUUGGCUCCUCUAAUUGGAUCAUCAAUCCAAUCUGCUACUGGAGUUGUGUAUAAUAUUACUGGAGGGAAGGACAUAACCUUGCAGGAAGUAAAUAGAGUGUCUCAGGUUGUUACUAGCUUGGCCGAUCCUUCUGCUAACAUAAUAUUUGGGGCUGUUGUUGAUGAUCGUUACAAUGGUGAGAUUCAUGUGACAAUUAUUGCAACGGGAUUCUCACAGUCAUUUCAGAAAACACUGUUGACAGACCCAAAGGCAGCUAAGUUGGUAGAGAAAGCAGCAUCAAGCCAAGAAAGUAAAGGACUUCCUCUCCCUCUCAAGAUGCCUGCAUCAUCAUCAACAGUUGCAUCACGCCCUCCACGAAAGCUAUUCUUUUAAGCUUCGCCAUCUUUUCUAUUUUUUGUAAGUAUAGGAAUUUUCUACGUGGCUGUUUGGGUGGGAUGGAUUAGGUAGGUGUCCUUUGUUUCAUAUAAUGUUUAGGACUUAAGAGAGAAUGUCAAAUUGUCAAUACAGGGCUGAUGAGGACAAUGGGUUGAAUUCAUUCUGAGUUUUGCUUCCAUGCCAUGUCAACAGAACCCAUUUGCUAACAUCUCUGUUUUUUCACUUCAAAAACUUGUUAUAAGUUUCUGUUUUUUGAGGAGCUGAGAAAUAUAGAGUUUGAAAAAGUUAAAAUGCU